AUCAGUCCUAUUUCAAUAUGAAAUCAGUAAUUUCAGAACUGUUCAUAGACAGAAGAACAUAGUGAGGGACAGCACAGAAACAGAGUCCGUAUAUAUUAGUGCUAUUCUGUAUAGAAGUAGUAGAGGAAGGUCCAAUUAGGGUUCAGCUCUCUUCACUUCUGUGUUAAAGCUCACCUCAAUCGGCGAUGGCGACGGGGCUGUUCUUUUUGCUAACGUGCACAGGGCUCCCGCUUGCGCUCGCGCUCGCGCUCUCGUCUUCCGACUCGGCGUAUCCUUCUCCUUACGGUCUCCAUGCAUCCUGCGGCGCCGAUGACCUAAUCCCCGUCCGUCGAGAGGUGUACGGAGGCGGCCGGAUAAUCGACAUCAGCCACCAGUUCCACUCGGAGAUGCCGUCGUGGGGGUCUCCCGAUGGACUCGGCCACUUCCUGUGGCUCGCCAUGAGCAUGAAGAACGGCUCGCUCGCGAACAGCUCGGAGAUGAAGUUCUCAGUUCACACUGGAACACACGUCGAUGCGCCGGGGCACGUGUUCGAUUACUACUUCGACGCUGGCUUUGAUGUCGACACACUCGACCUUGAGGUUCUCAAUGGUCCUGCACAACUGGUUGACGUCCCCAGGGACAAGAAUAUUACCGCGGAUGUUAUGAAGGCCUUAAACAUACCUAAGGGAGUACGUAGAGUUCUGUUUAGGACACUAAAUACGGACAGACGUCUCAUGUACAAGAAAGAAUUUGAUUCUAGUUUUGUGGGGUUCAUGAAAGACGGCGCCCAAUGGCUAGUAGACAACACUGAUAUCAAACUUGUUGGACUCGAUUACCUAUCUGUUGCUGCUUUUGAUGAUGCAAUUCCAGCACACCUUGUUUUUCUUGAAGGCAAGGAGACCAUCCUGGUCGAAGGUCUGAAACUCGAUGAUGUUCAACCGGGAACAUACAACUUGCAUUGCUUACCUCUAAGGCUUGUGGGUGCUGAGGGAGCACCCGCUCGAUGCAUCCUGAUCAAGUGAUGCUCACAUAUUUUGUAAGAUGUAAUGCUACCUCGGCUAGAGCAGAAUGAGAACCUAUCGACAUAUGGUAUGUAUAGAAUAAAUAGUCAGGCUCAGGUGUGCCAGCCAUAUUAUGUGAUAUGCUUUGAUAUAAUUAAAAUUUGCAUGUAAUUAAUUUAUGAGUGACACACGUUGAAGUUUUGAGUUUUAAGGAAACUUUUUCCCA